CGAGGAAAUCACACAAAAAUUACUACGAGCGACCCGCGAAAGUGCUUGCGAAAUCUCCUUCUCUUCUCCCGCCCAGUGAACCCCGUUUUCUUUCGACAACACACAUCACCGCAAUCAUGUCUCACGAAAGUGUCUGGAACUCUCGCCCCAAGACCUACGGCAAGGGCUCCCGCGCCUGCCGCGUUUGCAAGCACAAGGCCGGUCUCAUCCGCAAGUACGACCUCAACCUCUGCCGUCAGUGCUUCCGUGAGAAGGCUAAGGAUAUCGGCUUCAACAAGUACCGUUAAAUCGAAACAACAAAAAGUCUUUUUUGCUUUCUUUUUUUCGAUGUUACGAUAGAUGGGAUUAGGGGACGGGUUGGAUGGAAAGGGAGGUUGAUGCAUUCUUGUCGGUAAUGAUCUCACAAGAUGCAAAAGGGCAGCUGCUUGGAACGGGAGUUUAAUGGCAUGCUUUGCUUUCUACAUUGAUUAUCGUCCCUCUUGGGCCGUACCCAGGACGGAUAACAACGAUAUCGCACACCGAUGAAACACCAAAUUUCAUCAAAACCAAAUAAAAACAACUUACAACUUC